GCAGGAAGACGCCUAGAGGUGACAUCGUACGCUCUCCUGCUCCUGCUCCGUUCCUCUGCAGCCGUAUACCUCGUUCCUCGCCACUAUCAUCUCCCUCUCCUCGUAUCCAUCUGCUCAUUUCUAUCCUGCCGAAUCUCCUUCCCUCCGCCUUCGAGCUUCGUUCCAUCGCUCAAAUUUCUUCGUAGUUCAAUCCAUCCCUUGGCUGGGUCCCUUACUUCCGAUUCCGUGGAACUCUGUUUGUCCGAUCGAACUGAUUGAUCUCCUCACAAUCAUCCUACUUCGUACAGCUUCUCAUCAUCUGAUUACUUUGAAAAACAUCUUACCUGAACCCAUCUGAUACAAGUACAUUGCUACUGAACGAAAGGAGCAUGUCUUCGAUCGAAUUCCAAUUCCCAAAGGCCCAGAGAAGGCUGGAAGAAGCUCAGGAGCAGCUUGAGGCUCAGAAAGAAGCCUUGCGCCGAGCUCAGCAGAUUGUGCAUGACAGAGAGCUCGAGCUUAUGCAAGCAGCCGUCAAGGAUGGCGUUGUUGCGACUACUGCAACAGCUGCAACUGUAGCUUUGAACCCCGCGACUGCAGCCAAGGUUGGUGCAGCUUCUAUGGGAGUAGCAAAGACGACGACGAUCGCAGCUCUUGGUUGGAAGCAGCACCUUCUCGCUGGAGGAAUCGCUCGUGGGGUAGCUGUCAGCACCCUAUUUCCUGUGGAUUCGAUCAAAACGAAACUUCAGGUCGGCCAGAAGAUUUCUUGGAGGCUCGACAACAUUGGGGUAGAGCAUUUCUCAGGAUUCAGAGCUGCAAUCCUCGGACAGAUUCCCUACGGCAUGCUCGUGUUUGGGACGUAUGAAACCAUGAAGGCCAAGGUGUUUGCCAGAUACCCCGACGCUCCCAAGCUUCCUGUUUUCAUCGCCAGCGCGGUGGUGGGAGACUCAGCGGGAGCGAUCUGGUUGACACCUUCGGAGAUCGUGAAGCAGCGAAUGCAGUCUGGUCAGGCUAAGGACACUCUCUCCGUCAUCCGCUCAAUCUACGGCAAGUCAGGCAUCAAAGGCUUCUAUACUGGUUUCAGCGGCAUGCUCGCUCGCGAUCUCCCCUUCCGAGCACUCCAGCUGCCCUUGUACGAAGUAGCUAGAGAAGCAUACAGCGCAAAGUACUGCGCGCCCAAGGGAAAAGUAAUUGCUCCCCAUGAAGCCAUGCUGGUUGGAGCGUCGGUCGGCAUGCUCGCAGCAGGCGUCACGACUCCCUUGGAUGUGGUGAAGAGCAGGAUGAUGGUCGGGGCCUCAUCAGGGCAGAGUGUCAUGCAAGUCGUCAGGAACAUUCUUCAGGAAGGAGGAGUACGCGGACUCUUCUCAGGAGCCCCACAGCGGGUUGGCUAUCUUGGGCUUUCAAACGCCAUCUUCUUCAUCAUGUAUGAGUUUGUCAGAGGCUUGAUGGCUGGCGAGACGCCAAUGCCUAUGACCAGCGCAUAG